AUCAUUGCAGGCUUGCAGCAACCAGAUCCUGCACAGCCCUCCCUCCGCUGUUGCAGUAUAAAAACUCCACACCGAUACCACUCUGUCCUUUUUUGCCUCUGCUUUUCACUGGUGUCAUCUUGGAAGUGGUGGACAGCUGGUAAAUCAAAAUGGGAAAGGAAAAGAUCCACAUCAAUAUCGUGGUCAUUGGUCACGUGGACUCCGGCAAGUCCACGACCACCGGCCACCUGAUCUACAAGUGCGGGGGGAUCGAUAAGAGAACCAUCGAGAAGUUCGAGAAGGAGGCGGCCGAGAUGGGCAAGGGCUCCUUCAAGUACGCCUGGGUGCUGGACAAACUGAAGGCAGAGCGUGAGCGUGGUAUCACCAUCGAUAUCGCUCUGUGGAAGUUCGAGACCGCCAGGUACUACGUGACCAUCAUUGAUGCCCCUGGACACAGGGAUUUCAUCAAGAACAUGAUCACUGGAACCUCUCAGGCUGACUGCGCCGUGUUGAUCGUUGCUGCUGGCGUCGGUGAGUUUGAGGCCGGUAUCUCCAAGAACGGCCAGACCCGUGAGCACGCCCUGCUGGCCUACACCCUGGGUGUGAAGCAGCUCAUCGUCGGCGUCAACAAGAUGGACUCCACCGAGCCCCCUUACAGCCAGAAGCGCUUUGAGGAGAUCCAAAAGGAAGUGAGCACCUACAUCAAGAAGAUCGGCUACAACCCCGCCACCGUGGCCUUCGUCCCCAUCUCUGGAUGGCACGGAGACAACAUGCUGGAGGCCAGUGACAAGAUGACCUGGUUCAAGGGCUGGAAGAUCGAGCGUAAAGAAGGCGGAGCCAACGGUGUCACCCUCCUGGAGGCCCUGGACUCCAUCAUGCCACCCAGCCGUCCCACCGACAAGCCCCUGCGUCUGCCCCUGCAGGACGUCUACAAAAUCGGCGGUAUCGGAACCGUACCCGUCGGCCGUGUUGAGACCGGUCUCCUGAAGCCAGGCAUGGUCGUCACCUUCGCUCCCCCCAACCUGACCACUGAGGUCAAGUCUGUGGAGAUGCACCACGAGUCUCUCACCGAAGCCGUCCCCGGCGACAACGUGGGCUUCAACAUUAAGAACGUCUCCGUGAAGGAAAUCCGUCGUGGAAACGUUGCUGGCGACAGCAAGAACGACCCACCACUGGCCGCCGACAACUUCACCGCUCAGGUGAUCAUCCUGAACCACCCCGGGCAGAUCUCCCAGGGCUACGCCCCCGUGCUGGACUGCCACACCGCCCACAUCGCCUGCAAGUUCAGCGAACUCAAGGAGAAGAUCGACCGCCGCUCCGGCAAGAAGCUGGAGGACAACCCCAAGGCGCUGAAGUCGGGCGACGCCGCCAUCAUCACCAUGGUGCCCGGAAAGCCCAUGUGUGUGGAGAGCUUCUCCCAGUACCCCCCCCUGGGUCGCUUCGCCGUGCGGGACAUGAGGCAGACGGUGGCCGUCGGCGUCAUCAAGAGCGUGGAGAAGAAGGCGCUCUCCGGCGGGAAGGUCACCAAGUCCGCACAGAAGGCCGACAAGAAGAAAUGAAUGCUGGCGCAGGCUGUCGGACGCAGAGUGGCGUGCGCGCUGCAGCGGGCCGCCCUGUCGCCACCCCCCCCCUGCCACCCAGCGCUGGCCUCCCUGAGGCGCAGCUCCCUACUCAAGGACUGGCUUAUGCUGAUUAAAGCCCAUCGCAAAAGUUUCCGCAGGAAAGGAGGGUUCACGCCUUGAAGAGAAAACUCAGAUAUCGAUCAAGUUCAAGCCAAAAUAAUAAAGAUCUCCAACAUUGCCAAACGAA